UGAGAGAUUAUGUAAAUGAAGAAAUGAUGCAGUGACUGUUGAGGCUUCCUGAUAUGAAAGAGAGACAAAGGCAUCUGGUUGAGUGAGUGUUUUUGUGGUAGUGAUAAUGGAGUGUGUGUAUCUUUUGCUGGUUGUGUUUCACUUCACUGCAGGCUGCACUCUCUCAGGCCAGAGAUACAGGGAGUUCACAGGACUUUCUGGUGGUUCAGUUCUGCUGCCCUGCUCCUGCUCUGACCUGCAGACGACCCCUCAGAGAAUCAGCUGGAAGGCAAAGACAAGAACAGCAGAUUUUACUGAAGUGAUCACUGAUGAUCAGUACAGAGACAGAGUUCAUCUGUUUAAUAAAGAUUCUCCUGCUAAUCUCUCUCUGCUCAUAUCUGAUCUGAGAGAAGAAGAUGGUGGAGACUACAUUUGUCAGACUGAGAAGGAAACCAGAAUGUUCAGGCUAUUAGUUAAAGGUUGUGAUCUGGUAAAUAGUGGAAAGAUUGAGGAAGUGACGGGUUUCUCUGGAGAAUCUGUAUUGCUGCCCUGCUCCUGCACCAACCUUCACUUCAAACCCAGCACUGUUAGAUGGGAGUUUAAUCCAAGAAAUUCUGGAACUGCUGAUGAAGAAAUCUACCCUAAUCAGAAUAAACAGCACAGAAACAGAGCUAGACUAACCAAUCAGAACUCAAGAAACCUCACUCUACUCAUAUCAAACCUGACUGCAGAGGAUCAGGGAGUCUACAGGUGUUCAGUACAGCAUGAUCAUAAAUAUAUCAGACUUUAUAUUAAAGCGAGAGAAACUCCAAAACACCGUCCAUCAGAAGAGCCUCCAGCUACAGGUGAUACUGAAAAGGAGAGAAUGUGGUGUAUUGAGCUUUAGGGACAAGGAAAUCUGAAGAAGCAACACAAUCUUUCUCUGAUUCACAUCUGAAGAAAGUUUCCACUGGUCUGUGUGUUUGUUGUGUAGCAGAAUCAGAUUCUUUUCUUUUCCAAAUUGUAGCUUUUCCAUCACAUUGGUAAAGGUUAACGUCUCAUCAGUCCAUUAUCAGUUCAUGGGCUUGUCUCUGUACUUCAUAGCAGAUUCCAGCCUAGUCUUCCUAUUCUUCUGGGUAAUUAGUGGUUUUCAUCUUCAUGUGGAUUUUAUGGAUUUCUGUUCAUUAAGUCCUUUGUGAACAGUAGACUGUAUUACCUUCAUCCCUGCCCUCUGGAGGAUGUUGCUAAUGUUAUCAACAGUUGUUUUAGGGUUUUUCUUUACAGCACUCCCGUCAUCAACUGCUUUGGUUUUCCUUGAACUACCUGUUCAACAGCUGUUACUUAGUACACCAGUGGCGAGGGCUGUUUUAAGGCCCUUUUUUUAGGCCCCAAGCAAAAUGGACCCCACCCUCUCUGACACCCUUGGACCACAGCAAAACAAAAUAUAUAACAACCAACUUAUAAAGAAAUUUGUAGUGUUGCAUAGUAACUAUGAAGGAGGGCCCCAUAUUCAAAAAUCUAAAUAAUGUCCAGUAAAAAUAUUUGUGAUCAUUUUAUAACAAUGUUACAUAUUGAAAUUAACUAUUAACAGUUUAGAGAAAUUUACUGUACCUUCAGUGCAGUAAUUUAUCCAAUGUAAAUUAUGGCUUACCACUGUUGUUUUAUUUUUAUUUAUUUCUCUCCUUUCUUUUCUGGCUUCCUGAAUGGUUAAAUAACUGAGCUUAAACAUUUAGUAUUUUGCCGGCUGCAGGACUAAUGACAAUGGCUCACUGACAACUGUCAUUAACUAGUAGAAGGGGGGCCCCAGAUUCUUUCCUACAUUGACCAUCACAGAACUCACACAUUUUAUCGUUGUAUUUAAUUCAAACACAAGUCAUUGUCUGGGGGACCCAGGCC